AUGUCUCUUUUGGCUGCAAGCAAAAACCUUGACGAUGCCGACAACAGACGCGCUCUCUGGAAAGCCUAUAGCUUCGCGAAACAAGCCCAUCCGAGCUUGCUGCAGUAUAUACCGGAUCGAGCUUGGGACCUGCUGUGGGAAACGCAAUCCGCCAUAACCCCGGCCAACCCGAACUGUAUGGAGCAUCAAAUACAACUAGUGCAAGACAUGAAGUCAAUCGGCAGACCUCCGACAGUUGCUCAGAAUAUCGCCGAACUUGAGGCGACGUUUAUGACUGGAGAGCACGAGACUGCAAUACAAAGAUGGGAGGAAGAAUACAACACGAGGACUGCGAAAUCUGCUCAUGGCUACAAGCCUGAAUAUCUGGAUCUAGGCGUUCGGAUGUAUGCGCUUACAGGUAAUGCGCAACGGGCCCGCGAGGUUAUGGAUGAGCUAUACCAGGCAUACCCGGGAUCAGACCCGCGUCUCAUGAUAGGAGUCGUUCGUGCACACACACGAAUUCAAUAUGUCCCGGAUUACAUUUGGUCUCUUUACGUUCGACUAAAGGACCGACUGGGGCCAGCAAUGACAUUUGAAGAUUACGACACAUGCUUUGUCGGUUUCUUGGAAGGCAGCCGUGUUGACCACGCAGUCGCCGUCUUCAAGGACAUGGUCUCAAUUGGCUGCCUUGCAAGGUCGUUCAUGCGUUGGCAAGUUCAGCAAACGUUGAAACGGCUGAGAGCGAUGUUAAAUGUCAGCAAGAGUCUCGAAGAAGCUAAUAUGGUCGCUCUUUCUGCGAUAUCAGUCCUGCCGCGAGCAUAUCACAAUCACAUCUUUCGACGCUGGAUGAUGCUGACUGUUGCUAAGAACUCACCAGAGUCAGCUGCUCAAUUACUGGAGCUGAUGUUUGAACGCGGUCUUAACCCUGGAGCUUUACAUUUUAACCUGGUCAUCGGAGCAUUGUUACGCUCAGGAACAGAGACAAAUGGCGAAAAGGCGGCGUUAAUGGGCUGGAAAAUGGUCGAAGAAGCCCUUAACACGUCCUCUCUACAAGAUACAGAAUUCCAGCAGUUCUACAGAAUGCAACAUAAGCCAGUUCCUAAGCAAACCGGAGAUCUCGACGGCCCUCUCAUACCUUUUUUCCUGGCCAGGCCUAUCCCGAUGGCAGACGUGACGACCUUUGCACAUCUCAUUCGUCAUCAUACUAGGAACUGGGAAUGGAAUCAUAUUGAAUACCUACAGACCGCUCUCGUUCGACUGGAGAAGCCUCCAAUUGCUCCUCUUUUGAAUGCUUUGAUGAUGGUAGACCUGCGGCGUGUUAAGUAUCAGGAAGUCUGGAACAGAUUUGACUCUAUGACACACCCUCCGUUAGGUUUUCCGCGUGUCGUUCCCAACGGUGGGACCUAUCGAGUCUUAUGGAAGACGCUGAGAUCUGCACUUGGCGAUCACCAUACCUGGGAUUUCGAAUCGCUCCCACAACCACGACAGUUAAUGGCUAUGAUGGUGGAGUGGUGGACAGAGCAUGUAGGAUGGCAUCAAACAGAGAAUUAUCUGCGAGGCCUCACAGGGCCAAAUCGCGAAAUCACCGGCCUGAUCCAGCAUUGUUUCAGCUACACCAAGGAUGUCGCCGGGGCUUUGGUUGCCUUACACGCUCUGAAAACGCGAUUUGGUAUAUUUCCGACCCAACAAACGGCUGAAAUCUUGGUCAAGCAGAUGGCCUGGAUCGAUCUCCGCAGUGAAACCAAAGAAGUCCGAUAUAGCUACAAAACAUCUGGAGUUUUCAUACGCAACGUAGACAAGAUUUCACGAGUUUACCAAGUGCUGCUCCGCCGACGACUAGAACAAUUGGAGAAGACCGGCGUCAAUCUGAUCGAGAUGACAAAACAAGAACGAGGAGAACUAGACUUGAACCUGUUAUCGGAGUUCGUCCGUGUGGUAAUGGUGCGGCAGCAUAGCGCUACAGAAGUGGAGAACAUGAUCGAGGAGGCUAAAAAAGACAUGGGCGUCCCGAAUAUCUCGACCGGCGAUUUGAACAGCUUCGAAGUUUCAUGA